AAGCUUUUAUCAUCCGUUGUAUCUUUAGUUGUGACGUUUUAUUCAGCUAAAGUAGCUUUUCAUUUCUACAUCUAAAGAAAUGCUGUUUAGCUGUUGAAAAAGUUUUGUACGGGAAACUCUUCAGUUGCUUAACUGUAGAACUAAGGAGCAAGGAUGAAAAAUCAUCAGCAUGCAGACUUGUUAGAUAUUGUAUUCUCCUGGACUCUGGAGGAUGUUCUCAACGAAAAUCUUUUCAAACGCAAGGUGAAGAAGAUUCCACAGACAUUCUUGUCAACCAAAGAUUACAUGAAUUCCUUCAUUCCUGCAUUGAUUGAGGAAACACAUAGUGAUCUGUCUACAAGCCUUAUAAGUGUGUCUCAAGCUCCUUUUUGUGAAAUCAUGACACUUGAAAGGUCUAGGGACUUUGAACUUCCCAAUGACUUGUUCUAUCAGAUUUCCUUGAAGAGUACUAGUUUUGAUGUGAAUGGUGUACGAAAUUAUGAACCUGAGGUUGGAGAUCUCAUUGCAUUCACAAGUAUAAGACCUAGAAGCAUGGAUGACUUGAAGAAGACCAAAAGACAUUUCCAUAUUGCUUAUGUUACAGGGCCUCGAGAUAUAUUUGAUGAGAUCCCUUUACUGUCAUCUAUGAUCUUAGAUAAUGAUGUUGGAUUUGACUCGAAGAGUAACAAAAAACAAAAGCUUUAUGCAGUCUAUCUCUCGAACAUGACAACAAAUAUUCGAAUUUGGAGAGCCUUGAACUUACAAUUGGAGGGUGCAUAUAUUAGCAUAUUUAAGAAAUUGCUAAAAGCUGAUUCAAAGAGCGGAGAAAACUGUGGCGUGUGCUUGUCUGGAGAAAAUCGUAGCCUAGCCUAUUCUAGUGUGCAAAACACAAUCAGUGCUCAGAAUCUGAAUGAGUCUCAAAAGGAUGCGGUUUUAAGUUGUGUCACAAUGAAGAAAUGUCAUCAUAAUGACACUAUUAAACUUAUAUGGGGGCCACCAGGGACUGGCAAAACGAAAACAGUUGCUUCCUUGUUGUUGUCCCUACUCAAGCAGAAAACUAGAACAUUGACAUGUGCUCCUACUAACACUGCAGUGUUGCAAGUGGCAGUUAGGUUGCAUAGUUUGGUUAAGAGUUUUGUUGAGUGUGAUUGUGAGACAUAUGGGCUUGGUGACAUAGUGUUAUUUGGCAAUAGUUCUAGAAUGAAAAUAGAGACUUACAAGGGUCUUGGGAAAAUAUUUCUGGAUAACCGUGUGAAUGAUUUGUUGCGCUGUUUUUCUCCAUUGACUGGUUGGAAACAUUACCUGGAAUCAAUGAUCAAGUUUCUAAAGGAUCCUGAAGAGGCAUAUGUUUUAUACAAGCAUGGUGUGGAGGUGGAGAAUCUCAUGUCAAUAGAAAAAUUUGCUAAGCAAAGUGGCAUUAAUGUAGAACUUGCAUAUAGUUCAUACAAGAAACGUGUCAAGAAGCAUGAUCCUAUGACAUUAGAACAAUUUGUGGAGAAAGAAUUCCCUUAUAUUGCUGAGCAAUACCUCAUGUACAAGGAUGAUGAAAAGUUGAGUGCUGGUAUGACAAUAGAGCAAUUUAUAAAACAUAGGUUCAGUUUCCUUGGAGAGAAGCUCGAGUUGUUCAUGAGAACAUUGUACACGCACGUACCAACAUCUUUUAUUCCAUUAAAGGUGGUGAAGAGCAUGUUGAGAGCUCUGAAAUUGCUUAAAUCUCUUGAAAUUUCCAUGCAGUGUAAACAAAGCGUUCUUGGCCACUUUGGAUGGUUAGGCUUCGAAAGAGAUGAAUGCCUUGGCAUCCUGAAUUCUCUUUCUAAGUCAAUUUCACUUCCCAACAACCUUAGAAACAAAUAUGGAAUAUCAAAGUUUUGCUUGAUGAAUGCGUGCUUAGUUUUUUGUACAGCAUCAGGUUCUUCUAAAUUGUACUCUGAAGGAAUGACACCAUUCAAAUUUUUAGUAAUUGAUGAAGCUGCACAACUAAAAGAAUGUGAAUCAACCAUUCCAUUACAACUGCCUGGCCUCAACAGUUGUAUCCUAAUAGGUGAUGAGAGACAACUUCCUGCAAUGGUCAAAAGCAAGAUUGCUGACAAGGCUGAAUUUGGAAGAAGUUUGUUUGAGAGGCUGGGAUUGUUGGGGUACAAAAAGCAUAUGCUUAAUGUUCAAUACAGAAUGCAUCCAUCCAUUAGCAUGUUCCCAAGUAAAGAGUUCUAUGAUCAGCAACUCUCUGAUGCCCCCACUGUCCGAGAAACAAGUUAUGACAGACGUUUCCUUGAUGGAAAAAUGUAUUCUUCCUACUCCUUUAUUAACAUACCUAAGGGUAAAGAGCAGUCUAAUCAUGACCACAGUUUGAUGAACAAAAUUGAGGUUGCUGCUAUCUCUGAGAUUAUUGGAUGCCUUAAAAAAGAAUUUUUUAAGACAAGGAAGAAAGUUAGCAUAGGAAUCAUAUCUCCAUACAAGGCUCAAGUUUCUGAAAUCCAGAAGAAAGUUAAGAAGUACACUUCGGUUUCUGAUUCUCAUUUCUCUGUUACUGUUCGUUCCGUUGAUGGUUUUCAAGGUGGUGAAGAAGAUAUAAUAAUAUUCUCCACUGUGAGAUCUAAUGGGUGUGGAAAAGUUGGUUUUCUUUCCAAUAGACAAAGAGCAAAUGUUGCUCUGACUAGAGCUAGAUAUUGCCUUUGGAUAUUAGGUAAUGCAGCAACUUUAAUCAAUAGCAACUCUGUAUGGAGAAAGCUAGUUCUUGAUGCUAAGAAAAGACAUUGUUUCCACGAUGCCGAUGAUGACAAGAAUUUGGCUCGUGCUAUUAAGGAUGCUGUGUUUGAACUUGAACUGCUUGAAUCAGAGUCACGGUUUAAGAAACUCAAUCUAGGGGAAAAGUCAGAAAUAGUGACUAAUUUAUCCAGGUCUCGGAAACCAAGGUGCUUGUUGCAUUAAUUGCGAGGAAUCCGAUCUGUGAUAAAUUAAGACAUUGAAGCAGAGCUGAUAUGGACGUACAAUCCUGAUUCUUGAAGGAGUUCAUCACAUUUUGAAUUCGUGUAUCAGUGACAUAACAUUCGGUUGUGUUGUUAUUUAAGUUUGUAAUUUUAGUAACUACAAUUACGAACAUAUUUUUGCCAUAUAUAUAAUCAUACACCAGUCACUUUGGGGAA